AGUACCUGACAGGCCGCCAUAUUGGGACGGACCUGUCUUACCCAAAGAUGUCUGCAAGGCUCCAAGAAAAUAGAAAACACUACGCACUGUUUUGUGCAGGCGAUUGAAAUAAAACGCUUUUGGCUGAUCAGCAAAACCCCAGCAGGCUAGCGGAGCGCGUCGAGGGCAGCUCCCUUUCUGCCCCCCACUCCUUCCUCAGUCCCACGCAGCAAGCACAUUCCGCACCAUGGCUGCCACGGACGUGGACGUGUUUUCGAACGAAGAGAAGCGCAGCCUCAGCUUGGGGGGCCAUGUUGGAUUUGACAGCCUGCCUGACCAACUGGUCAGCAAAUCGGUCACACAGGGUUUUUGUUUUAACAUCCUCUGCGUAGGGGAGACGGGCAUCGGCAAGUCGACGCUAAUGAACACGCUCUUCAACACCAUGUUUGAAAACGAAGAGGCCAGCCAUUAUCAGAACGGCGUCUACCUGCGCCCGCGGACGUACGACCUGCAGGAGAGCAACGUCCACCUCAAGCUCACCAUCGUCGACACCGUUGGCUUUGGGGAUCAGAUCAAUAAAGAUGACAGUUACAAGCCCAUCGUCGACUACAUCGACACUCAGUUCGAAAACUACCUGCAGGAAGAGCUGAAGAUCAAGCGCUCGCUUUUCAACUAUCACGACACCAGGAUCCACAUCUGCCUGUACUUCAUCGCCCCCACGGGACACUCGCUCAAGUCCUUGGAUUUAGUCACUAUGAAGAAACUGGACAGCAAGGUCAAUAUCAUUCCCAUCAUUGCCAAAGCAGAUACUAUCUCCAAGAGUGAGCUCCACAAAUUCAAAAUAAAGAUUAUGAGCGAGCUGGUGAGCAACGGCGUCCAAAUAUAUCAGUUCCCGACAGACGACGAAGCAGUCAGCGAGAUCAACUCCUCCAUGAACGCCCAUCUGCCAUUCGCCGUAGUCGGUAGCGUGGAAGAAGUGAAAGUUGGCAACAAAACCGUCAGGGCCAGGCAGUACCCCUGGGGUGUUGUGCAAGUGGAGAACGAGAGCCACUGCGACUUUGUCAAACUCCGAGAGAUGCUGAUCCGAGUCAACAUGGAGGAUCUGAGGGAGCAGACCCACGCCCGUCACUACGAGCUGUACCGCCGCUGUAAACUGGAGGAAAUGGGCUUCAAAGACACGGACCCAGACAGCCAGCCCUUUAGUCUCCAGGAGACUUACGAGGCCAAGAGGAAAGAGUUUUUGGGAGACUUGCAGCGUAAAGAGGAAGAAAUGCGACAGAUGUUUGUCAAUAAAGUCAAGGAGACGGAAGCAGAGCUGAAAGAAAAGGAGAGAGAGUUGCAUGACAAGUUCGAGCAGCUGAAGCGUAUGCACCAGGACGAAAAGAGGAAAGUGGAGGAGAAGCGACGCGACCUGGAGGAUGAGAUGAACACCUUCAACAGGAAGAAGGUGGCUGCCGAGACGCUGUCCUUAUCUCAGCCGCUCAAGAAAGACAAGGACAAGAAAAACAGGUCUGUAAAGACGGAGAACCAGUCGGCCGUGAGCGCCUCCAACUCCAAGGUGAUGAUGGCCAAGGCCAACGUGGAGCCCUUGAACUGCCAAAGCUGGUGGCAGGCCAUACAGUGCUGUACCUGCCUGGUCCACAACGCCGCCUGGAAGCCCGGAGGCCUCUUCUGACGGCCGGGGCUCAGCGCGGGGUCCCGGCCGAGGCCGGCGGACGGAAGGAGGUGAGGGUGGUUGCAGACCAGCAAGGCGUGGAACUAGGACAGGACGGGAGGAAGCAGAAAUGUUAGCGCAUGAUGUCAUUGUUGUCUUUGUCAGACCCCGGUUUGUCAACAUCACAGCUUUAGGCCCGACUACAAAUCAGCACCAUGUUUGUAUCGUAUCGUACGUGCAGUGCUUUUCUGUGCUCCCCUUUGUCGGCAGGAACCAUCACUACACACCCGAGAAGUAACAAAAAUCACGAGAUUCUGGAUAUUUUGGUAGACAAACACCACCUUCAUCAAACAUCUUUAAGGAGUUGCUUUGUUUGUGUUUGUAGCAACAACGAGCCACGGUCACGUCAUGCGUGGAAUUUAGUGCUUUGUUCGGGAAAAAAUAUUUGUUUGGACGAAAUCUGCCUUUAAAAAAAGAUGGCUGGGACGCUAAAGCGUAUUAUUGUUGUCAUGGUGACGUGUCUGUGACAAAAACAAUUGAGGGAAAAAAAGAAUCAUUCAGUCCAAAGUAUUUAUUUGAAGAUAUUUAUUAUAUAUAAGAAAAAAAGAAAAUGUCUUUAUUUUUUAUCAUUAUUAUUUUUUUAACUGUUAUAUUGCGUCUCUUUAUAUGAAAGUCUUUGUAAUAAUGAAGUGUUGGGGGGCGGUACAUUAGUGACAUGCCUCAACAAUACCAUGCUGCUUUUCCUCUGCACAGGAACGCCUCGUCUUUUGCCAACAAAACAAUAAAAAAACAAUGGUCGCCAAUGAGCUCGGAGUUAUCCGAGAGAAGACUGAGGGCAGCAAAGUGGAGUUUAUGGUGUAGAUAACAUUAGCCAUGCGUGUUUACUUUAGUCAUUUUUAGCUGUGCACCCUGAAAAGCUACAAUGACAAAUGUGCUCCAGUAGUAGCGGCACACAGUAGAGAUGGACGAUACGGCCUAAAAUCUGUAUCGCGAUAUAUAUUGCAGCCUCCUGCGAUGACAAUGUAUAUCAUGAAAUGUUAUUUGGUGUAUAAAUGACAUUAGGACCAUUUCAAAACGGGUUACAAAUGUAGCUGCCGACGUCUGAGGUAACAUAUUGCAUCAUUUCCAGUUAUUAUUUUGUCAAAACUAGUAUUAAACUGGUUCAUAAUUUACUGUUAAUAUCUGAUUAAUUUAUGUUCUAUUAACCACCUUCUGUUUUGCUUUUGGCCAAUACUACAAAUGUGCGUAUCGAUCCGAUACUAAGUACUGGUAGUUACAGGGGCACUAUAAGUCAUACUAAUAUUAUUGCUUGAAAUUUUCAAGAAAAUUAAGUGAUUGAAUUUUAAUUUUAUUACAUACAAAAUUUAUAAUAAAGCCAGUAGUGCAAAAUUACUAAAGAAAAGUAAAAAAUACUAUUGAGUUUGUAAACAACGACAAGUUUUUGUGAUAAUGAAAAAUAUCGAUCCAAUCACUGUAGUAUCGACAAUAUACUGACACUAUACUUGGUAUCAUUACUGUCGUAUUUGUAUCGAACCGCCCACCUUUGUUUACAUUCAAGAGCUCUAACUUAGCGGUUAGCUAUGCCUUCAUGUAUCCUUCUACGGCGCGUAUUGUAGCAUGCUUAGCUAGUCCUUGUCCUCCAGUGAUAUUAGUACAUGUAAGUAGUGAUGAUGGGUCAAAUGAUACUGAAACAUCAACGCCUUAUGAAACACGAGUGAUAAUGCCUCGAUGCGUGUGUCACUUAAAAAACAAACAAACUUGUGACCGAUCCAACUGCUGUGUCAUUUGGCCUGUGAAGCACCACACUGUGGUAAUCAAGAACUGCUUCUUUCGGCUAAAUGAAGUCGGAGGAUUAGUGUUGGUUUUAGUCUCCAUCAUUGAUCUAAUUGAAACUAAGAAAAAGAAAAUCUAAAGUGUGGCAUUAUUUAGAUCUUACAGUGCCAAAUAAGGUAAGUAUUUUUUCUGUUCACCAUUUGGCUCAUUGUACUCCUUUCAUAUUCCUUUCUACUCAGCUAUUCACUAAAAAAUUUACCUAUUAAUUGUAUUUGUAAUAUCUUCAAUCCAGCAGAUGAAUGUUAUGAAACUAACAAUAUCAGUGCAGUGUCAAUACAGCUUGUGAGUGUGCCAAACACUCACUGAGUUGUCAUUUACCCAUCACUACUUGUAAGAAACGCAUUUUGUCCGCCGCCACCGAGGUGAAGAUUAGUGACUUUAAAACAUUGAGGAGGGAAGUUAUAGUAGCCUUCGCUCACUUGUGAAAUUUGCGGGACAAGCAGAAUGUGUCAUCAACAUGCAUCGUCACAGUAGAACGAUAGUAUCAAAAGCUCUAUUGUCGGCCGAAUUGAUACCAUUUAUAUCGGUGGUUGUUGAAACUUUUUUUACUUCAGAAAACACUUGGCUCUUUAGGUACCACCAUAAUGAUCAACAUUAAGAUACAGUAAAGUAGUAGGCCUGGGUAUUCAUCAAAAACAAGGCAGAGGUUUUAGUUAACAAGUGUAUUUAAUAUUUUCAGGCCUCUAACAUUACACACAGUUUGAACAGUAACACUGUGUUUGAAUAUUUAAGUGAUUAUUUGGCGUACCACGAGAUCAGUUUGAGAAUCACUGGUAUAUAUCACACCAGCCUACUGGACAGUGCCCACUUUUGCUAAUGGAAAAGCAGCAGAAGCGAGUAGGUACCGUGCAGUGGAAAAGGGGCAUUAGUCCAAUCCAGGAAACGGAAAAAGGGUCAUUUUUAUGGGUUGUGGCUUUAAGAACGAUCAGCACUCUGGCGCUGAUCUUUACGCGAGGAUGCACGGCGAGAUUACACCGAGCGGAUGAGCGCAUUUCCCGGCCAGGUAAAUCUGAUCACGCGACGUCUGACGCGAUUGUCAGGCAGAAAAACUCUGGCAAAGUCGGUUUUGGUUUGAUGAGGUUUGGACGGGUAAGUCAAAAGUUACGCAACAUCUUGGCUGCAGAGAACGAUCCCCCGCUUGAGCGACUUCACCGACUUACGAUGUGAAUGAAGUCGAUGGGCGUGGCCGUGUACAAGUCCCACUGCAGCUUGUCCAGAAUGAUCCGCUCCAUGCGAACAAUCUCCGCCGCUGAAAAGUUGCAUCCGCUCGCGGCAACCAGAUCGCUAACUGAACCCACCACCUGUUUCCAAAGCCAGCCAAUAAAAGUGUUGUUUUCAAAUAACGCUGACCUGGGUGUUU